AGGUCCAGGUCGCGGGAUCGGCGCCGCCAGGACAAGGGCAGGGAUGACGAGGCCGCCGCGGCGGCGGCGGCCGCCGACAUGGCGGAGGAGGAGCGCCAGCGGGACCUGGACGAGGAUGAGGAGGAGCGGCGGAGACUCGCCGAGCAGGAGACGAAGAUGGCGCGCACGGUGAUGCUCACGAGCCUGACGCACAGGAGCGACGAGCGCGACAUCUACGAGUUCUUCUCGACGGGCGCGGGGACCGUGCGCGACGUCCAGAUCAUCAGGGACGCUAGGACGGGCAGGUCCAGGGGCGUGGCCUACGUCGAGAUGUCCACGGGCGAGGGCAUGGUCCGGGCCAUCGGCCUGUCCGGCCAGUCGCUCAAGGUCGAGGAUAACCCAAAUCUGCACAAAAUCUUUCAGAGCUCUGCGCGGAUUUCUUGGAUCGGCGCUGGACCCGCCUCCCUGGCGCGCGGAGCGCGCUAGGGGGUGGCGCCGUGGGCGCCGCCAGGGGGCGCCAGCGUCGAUCAAAGGGAUCCGCGCGGAGCUCCAACAGGUUCUGCUUAAUUGUGCAGUUCUUGUCUGGCUCCUCUACAAGGGCCAGGCCAUCCGCGUCCAGCAGGCGCAGGCCGACGGCGGCAGGAGCACCGCGGCCAGCCAGGGCGCCUACCGGUAGCCCCACGCGGGCGCCGCCGCAGACGCGCGGGCGGCUGCCCGCUCUCCGACCGUUCGCUGCGGCGGGUGCCCGUAUGAAUGCCCGGUGCACAGUGCCCCCGAGGCCGGUCAGCGCGUGCCCGGCGCCCCCCCUCCGCCCCGCCUCCUCGUCGGGCCUCCUCCUCGUCCUCCCCCUUUCUCCUCAUGUUCUUCCUCCGCCACAGUUGACAUAUCCCACAUACGUAGUACUCAUAGCGCAUAGUGCCGCCAUCCCUGGAAGCAGAACGUGAGGAGCACCUCUGGCUGCCCGUCUUGCCCAUGAAUGUGCGAGCUCGCACCACGCGACUUUUGCCGCCCGCAGGCGCCCCUCAAGCCGCGGACGCACGUAGCGGGCGCCUGGCGCCGGCCCGUGCGCGGUACGCGCGUGUGGUGUCUGAUGGAGGCCGCCUCACCCCAAAGGGACCUCGC